AUGGAGGUACCGCCACAACUACCUCCAUCUAGAGCUUCAACUCGCACACGACUAACCCACGCACUCGGUUCACAGGUUCCCAAAGCCCGGGGAGCUGGAAGGUCAGGUCCACGCCGCCGAACCGGCUGCUUGACAUGCAGGGCCAGGAAAGUGCGCUGCGACGAAACAAAACCAAGCUGCUCAAACUGCGACCGACUGCGACUGCGCUGCAUCUACAAACCCCCCACUGCCCUCGGUGACUCGUGGACUUCGCCUUCUCCACAACCCAAUCACCUUUCUUCCACGGCGCAUCCUGUACCUCAGACUUCCCCGUCACCGGCUAUUAGUGCCGUGUCAGCAUCGGCAUCGGCGUCAGCAGCCGUUGCUGUCACUGCAGCUGCGACCGCAUCGAAUCGCUCGCCGGAUUUAAACUUCUUCAACACUGUGCUCCGCUCAGACGAUCGUCAUCGGACGAUCCCCGCCCUAGCAACACCCAUUCAACGACUGCCCGCGGAUAUCGAAUCAUACUCGCAGUUUGGGGUACCGUUCGAUAUGCUUGGCUUUAUGGGAGGAAUAACUUCGGAGUUGGAACAAAAACACCUCGAUUUGACGAGUGGACUAGCAGGAUUCGCGUCUAGUCCAACCCCACUAUCACUAUCAGCCGGUGUUGCGGGGAACGUUACAGAAGAAGGGCAGCUUCCUGGAGAGAGACCGUCAACACUCAGUCCAGAUACUCAGUCCUCGUUGACUGAUGGGAUGUCCACUGGAAGCGCCUCGGAUGCGGCGACCACGCGCGGUAGCUGGUCUGACCCCGGUACCACAUCGUAUGAGGAACAGCUACUUCAGUAUUUCUUGGGAUGUGACCCCCCGGCGGGGAUAUUUGUGCCGGUAUCUAUGGAGUGGAAAUAUGUGCGACCAGCGGUGCUAGCAUACGGACGAGACUUUAGUCCUCUUCAGAAUGCGCUGUACUGUUAUGCAGACAUUCAUAAGGCGGUCACCGAAGGAGGGAAACGAUGGCGCUGGGCGCCUACUUACUAUCGAGUGGCGAGCUCAGAAAUCCAAGCUUGCCUACUUGGUGACAUGACUGAGCAAACCUUGAUAAAAAUAUUUGCGACUAUCUUUUUCUUGAUGUUAUCUGAGCUCUUCUCGUCUCCCGAACUAAGUGCUCCAGGCACGUCGUAUCUUCAUUCAGCCUACCUUUUAUUACAACGUUUCCACGGCCGUACACGACAUUGGACAGGCCUUGGCCAUUUAAUGGUGUCGUGGAUUUCACUGCUUGAUGUGAAAUCACUAAUCGCAGGGCGUGAAGGUGAUCCUUUAGUUGAACUGGGCAAUAUACCGGAACAAGGAUCCAAUUCCAGGUCACAAGAAGCACAAAGCUAUCGUGCCCCGCGGAUAGGCUCAAUCGAGGAACAAAAAGAGGGAGAGGAGGCCGAAGAACAAUUUCGCAGUCCAAGCUACCUUGUCUACGAGGCAAUAGUGGGCCCGGCAUUCCGUUUCUUCGUACAAGCACAGCAAGUUGUACGGCGAAUAGUCUCUAUUGACCUGCAUCACCGUAGUCGGGGAACACUCAGUGAUGAAUUCGAAGUUCUUCAGAUUGCACAUAAAGUCGGUGCGGACCUCGAGACGCUCUGGCACCGGAGACCAUCGGUGAUUGAUGUAUACGGACAACCAGAAGCAUUGGCAGACACACUCUGUGCUCCUGUUGCUCUUGCCGUCUGUCGAACAUUCCGUCAGUACAUAGCCAGUUUCCUGGCUAACUUUAUUUAUCUACACCGCGUCGCAUUUGCCAUUUACCCACGCACUGAUCGUGUUAAUGGCGCCGUCAACCAAAUCAUCCAGCUAGCAACUGUCGAAUCUGCUGGUGCGGAAGAAAACCGCCUCCCUGUCAGUUUCCUCUGGCCCUUGUUCAUUGCGGGCCUGGAAGGCUCUCUGGAGCAACGACAGUGGGUAUUUCAAGAGAUGCAGCGCAUGGCAUCUGCUCGCGAGAAUGAGCCGGUCACAUCGCUAAGGCGUCAUCCGGCCGCUGAUCAGGUUCUUUUACUACUGGAAGAAAUGACGCGCCGGCAGGAUGCGUCGCGCACUUGGGCAGACUCGCGUUGUGUGCGACGGGAGAUUUUCUCAGAUUUUUUCAUUCUUAUCUGA